AAGGUGCAGAAAAAUAAAAUUCCGUGUUCACGAGAUGACAAGCUUUGCCUUCAUAACUGGCGUGAUUAUUUUUUUACUUCAAUUUGUACCACAUCGGUGUCAAGGUUUCCCACCUGGGUCGCUAAGGUUACAAGGGCCAUUAAGUGGCAAUGGUACUGGCCGUGUCGAAGUAUUGCACAAAGGGUACUGGGGGACAAUCUGUGAUGAUGGAUGGGAUAUGAAAGAUGCUAAAGUCGCAUGUCGUCAGCUUGGUUAUCAAGAUGUUGCAAGAACUCUUCAGAAGAACGAUUUUCCUUCUGGUUCAGGACGUAUUUGGCUAGUCGCUCUCGAUUGUACUGGAGAGGAAGAAAAUAUUACAAGCUGUUAUCAUAAUGGUUGGGGGAUUCAUUCCUGCUCUCAUUCUCAAGAUGUCGGAAUAGAAUGUUCUACAACAGAUCUUUCCACUACUCCAGUGAAACUGCGGUUACAAGGACCAUUAAGUGCAAAUGGUACUGGUCGUGUUGAAGUAUUAUAUCAUGGAUAUUGGGGAACAAUCUGUGAUUAUGGAUGGGAUACGCAGGAUGCUAGAGUUGUAUGUCGUCAACUUGGUUAUAAUCUAGAUCAUGUACACAGUAAAACUCUUCAUAGAAACCUGGUCCCUUCUGGUUCUGGACAGAUAUUGUUAGCCCACGUAGCUUGUAAUGGAAAGGAAAAUAACAUUAAAAGAUGUUCUCAUAAUGGUUGGGGGGCUAUUAAUUAUUGUUCUCAUUCUAACGACGCCGGAGUUGAAUGUUCUAACACAGCGGGAUUGAUACGAUUGCAAGGACCAAUAAGUGCAAAUGGUACUGGUCGUGUUGAAGUUUUCUACAAUGGACAAUGGGGAACAAUCUGUGAUGAUGGAUGGGACAUAAGAGAUGCUCGGGUUAUAUGUCGUCAACUUGGUUAUAAAGAUGCUGCCAGAGCACUUUAUGCUGGGAACAAAAUAUAA